AUGAUAUUUGCGACUUUAGAACAUAUAUUAACUCAUAUCUCUUUUUCGAUCAUUUCAAUUGUGAUUACGAUUCAUUUGAUGACCUUAUUAGUCCACAAAAUUGUAGGAUUACGUAAUUGGUCAGAAAAAGGGAUGAUAGCCACUUUUUUCUCUAUAACAGGAUUAUUAGUUUCUCGUUGGAUUUCUUCGGGACAUUUUCCAUUAAGUAAUUUAUACGAGUCAUUAAUCUUCCUUUCAUGCAGUUUCUUCAUUAUUCAUAUAAUUCCCAAGCUACGUAACCUUAAAAAUGAUUUAAGCACAAUAAUUGCACCAAGUACCAUUUUUACUCAAGGCUUUGCCAUGUCGGGUCUUUCAACUGAAAUGCAUCAAUCUGCAAUAUUAGUACCUGCUCUACAAUCUCAGUGGUUAAUGAUGCACGUAAGUAUGAUGUUAUUGAGCUAUGCAGCUCUUUUAUGCGGAUCAUUAUUAUCAGUCGCUCUUCUAGUCAUUACAUUUCGAAAAAACAUCGAUAUUUUUUGUAAAAGCAAUAAUUUCUUAAUUAAAUCAUUUUUCUUUGGCUUUGGUGAGAUUGAAUAUUUGAAUGAAAAAAGAAGUGUUUUAAAAAACACUUCUUUUCCUUCAUUUCGAAAUUAUUACAAAUAUCAAUUAACUGAGCGUUUGGAUUAUUGGAGUUAUCGUGUCAUUAGUCUAGGGUUUACCUUUUUAACCAUAGGUAUUCUUUGUGGAGCAGUAUGGGCUAAUGAGGCAUGGGGAUCCUAUUGGAAUUGGGACCCCAAGGAAACUUGGGCAUUUAUUACUUGGACCAUAUUCGCGAUUUAUUUACAUACUAGAACAAAUAUAAAUUGGAAAGGUACGAAUUCUGCACUUGUAGCUUCUACAGGAUUUCUUAUAAUUUGGAUAUGCUAUUUUGGGAUCAAUCUAUUAGGAAUAGGUCUACAUAGUUAUGGUUCAUUCACAUAA